AUGGCUAGUAACUAUAUAAACGAGGCUGCAUUUGUGGCCGUACUUUGGGUCUGUUUGACAAUAACAUUCUUCUUCGUGCUUGUCCGGCUGCUCCUCCAAUACUACGUCGACCGCAAGUGGCACACACACGAUGCCCUCAUCUUAGCAGCUUGGCUACUAUCCCUCGCAAACUGUAUCGUGUGGUCGGUAUUCUAUAAGCAGCUGUUCUACGUGGGGACCCUCAUCACCGGCUCAGUUGAUUACUCGAAGUUGCCGGUAAAUAUCAGGAUCAUUGAGGAGCAGUACCUACGUAGCCAGCUGGCCGGAUACCUCCUCUCGUAUACCAGUCUGUGGCUGGUUAAGCUGUCCUUCAUAUUUUUCUUCCGACAUCUGGGGAAUCGAUAUCGUGCACAACGCAUCCUCUGGUGGGCGGUCUUAACGUUUGUUAUCGCCUGCUAUGGUGGUACAUUGGGUAGCAUGGAUUACGCAUGUGAAAUGGCUUCCUUUGAGAAUAUCAUCGAGGCUUGUGCGAGUGCGCAUUCAAUCUGGUACGAACGUGUACGCCUCAAGGUCGCAACAAGUAUGGAUAUUGUGUCUGAUGCAGCCAUUAUCGUUCUCUCUGGACAUAUCAUGUGGAGAGUGAAAAUCAACGUUCGGAGAAAGCUCGCAUUGAUCGGUGUCAGUUUCCUGACGGCGUUCAUCAUCAUCAUCGCGCUGGUGCGGCUUGAGCUAAGUGUCUCAGGGACGGGCAUCCUGAGCCCUGCCUGGCUCGUCUUCUGGAACGCGAUCGAGAUCUGUGUGGCGAUCAUGAUGGCUUGCCUGGCAUCAUUCUGGACCUUUUACACCAAACUGAAAAGGCCCUCACAGGCUCCUCGGCGGCGCGCCGAGUGGCUCCCUCCACGCGGUUAUGCCUCGCUCGAGAGACCAAUCCUGCUGGAUGGAAGACUAGGCGUUAGAUGCUUUCACAACCAUUCGGACCUCUCUGUGCAGAGCCACACUUCACUGAAGAUGGGCCAUGGUGCCUUGAAGGGGAAGACGGAGGAGCCUUAA